CCCCCACCCCCCCUAUAGGCCAGCAUGGACGACCUUGACAUCUACGGCUCUGUCCUCGAGGAGGAGGAGUUCUCCGCCGCGGCCAUCAAGCCAUCCUCGAUCGAGCCGGCUUUGACCACAUCGGAUACCCCCUCGGCCGUGCCGGUUAUCCUUUCUGAGACCAAGCACCUGGGCGCCCCGCCGGGCGGUCCCAUGGCCGGCGACCAUCCCGGCCCGGAUCCCUUGCGCUUGACCAUGUCUACCACCGCAGUCCCGACCGGAAGCCUGGCUCCGCCUAUGCAGCGCCCCGUGCCAGUGGCUCGUGCGCCGAUUGCACAGCCUGCUGGUCCCGGCCCCGGCCCCGGCCCCGGCCCCGGCCCUGAUCCCACCCUCGCCGACAUGCCUCACAUGUCGGGCACCAGUGCCUCGCCGCAGGAGGCUCUUUCUGGUGCUGGCGAGACCAAGUCCUUCUGCUAUGUCUACAACAUGCAUUGGUGGACCUCGGAUGAGGAUUUGUUGAAGAUCGCCACCACCUUCAACAUCACGGAUGUCCGUCAAAUCAUUUUCGCUGACGAGAAGCUAAACGGGAUGUCUCGCGGUGCCGCUAAGAUCGAGUUUUUCCAGCCGGACUCCGGGCGUCGCUUCAAAGAGGCUAUCGACUCCCAUCUUGUUGAGCACGACGAGAAGAAGAUCCAUGCCUCCUUCGAGGAGCCGGUCGAAUUUUCCGGCGGCUGUAGCCAGGAGAAUGAGGCUCGGCCUGGACGCUCCGGUCGCUCCGGGCGCCGCGGCGGCAACGCCAAUCCUCCAAACCCUGGUGCUGGGCGUCACCCCCAUCAAGGUGGCCAGCAUGGGCAAAUGAUGCCCCCGCAUAUGGGCCACCAGUUCCCCCCGCCUGCUGGGCACCCCCAUAUGCUGCCCAACUUCCCGGGCGGUAUGCUUCCCCCGCAUCCGGGUGGUGGUCCUGGCGUGCCCCCCCUCGGACCCGGCUUGCCAGUUGUCAACAACCCAGCGGCGGCGGCGGCGGCUGCCGCUGCCGCCGCCGGCUUCAGCCUUCCCUUGCUCUUCCCAAAUCUUGGACCUGGCCUAAACCCCGGGCCACCCGUUAAUAUGGGGCCCGGCUCGCAAGGCCCCCCUCUGGGCAUGGGUCAUCCGCCUGGCGACCAUUUAUUGGAGUGCGCAGUCUUUCUUCCUCCUCCUCCUUUCUUCUUCUCCUUCUUUUUCCCUGUCAUCUGCUUCGCCGCCGCCGUCGCCGUCGCCGCCGCUGCCAUGUUGUCUCGUCCUCUGGGCCUCACUUUGACUGACAUCCUGUGCCUGCCUUGGUGGAUGAAUGGGGACGGUUCUCUCGCUCUUGCUCUCACGAAGGCGCGACGGGGGCCGCCAUCAAUCGCGUGAAGCGAACUCCGCCUCGCGCGGGGGACGCGAGUCGCGCGAUCAUCGUGAUCGAUCGCGCGAUCGUGAUGACCGGAGUGGUGGCAACCGCGAUGACCGAGGCGGUGGCAGCCGUGAUGACCGAGGCGGUGGCAACCGUGAUGACCGAGGCGGUGGCAAUCGUGAUAGCCGCCGCGAACGCGACCGUGACCGGAUAAACGAGCGCGAUUCGUCGCGGUAUCGCGAGUCCCGCGAGCCCCGCGAGUCCCGCGACCGCGAGCGCGAUCGUGACCGCGAGCGCGAUCGUGACCGUGACCGCGACUCACGCGAGCGUCAUCGUCGGUCCUCGUCCUCCUCGCACCGGUAGUCGAUCUGCCCUGGAGAACACUCGACCGGUCAAAGGACUGCCUCACGCCCCCGCUCCGUGAUGUGUAUCUACUUGUGUAUAUUUAUAUAUGUUUUAUCCAUGUA